GGGCGGGCGGCCCGAGCGGAGCGGAGCGGAGCGGAGCGGGAUGGGGGCGGCGGCGCGGCCGCAGUGAGCCCGGCGGGCAGCGCAGCGGGGCCGAUGGCGUUCAGCGCCUGGCAGAUCCUCUCGCCGGUGCAGUGGGCCCGCUGGACCUGGUCGGCGGUGCGGGGCGGGGGCAGCCCCGAGGAGGGCGACGGCGGGGCCGGUGCUGCCGAGGAGGAGGAUGAGGAGGAGGACCGGGACCCGCCGGCGGGGGGCUCGGCCCUCGGCUUCAGCUCGGACUCCACUGAUAAUUUUGAGACCCCUGAAGCAGAAACACCAACCUGCUCGCCACUCAAGGAGUUCUGCGAGCCACCGGGAUCGCCGGAGUCUGAGGCCAGGACCCAAGAGCCAGGUGGCCAUGGUGACCUGCUGGUAGGGGAAGCCCACUGGGACAGCUCGCCUGGGAAGCACCCCAAAGAUGAGGCUCAGCCAGAGAUUGGAGCCCCUAAAGCCAGCUCGGAUGCUAAAGGGGAAACUGCCCCCGACAACUCGCCCCUGAUGCAGCCCUUGGCCGGGCUGGGCUGCCAGGCUGACCCUGGUCACGCUGCUGUGGAGCCAGCCCCCCUGCCCCAUGUGGGCACAGCCACCUGGGAGCGGGCCAUGCCAGGAGGGGACACUGGCACGGGGCUGGUGGAGCUGAGGGCUGAUGCCCUGGGCCAGGGGCAGCUCGGGAAAGGGAAAACACCUUCGCUGGGGAGGAAGACAGACGAAGCCACAGAAGAGACCCAGGCAUCCUCCCAGCUUGACCCUGAGCAGCAUGACGGGAGUGUGAACCCCUUUGUGGCAGGGGCCUGCCACUUGCAGAGCUCUGCCCCAGCAGCCCCACAACGCCUUCCCCAUCCCGGUGAGCUGGGAGGGGACCCGGCUCUGGAGGGCCCAGGGCAGGUCCCGAAACCUGGGGCUGAUUGUGCAGAGGCUAGAGAGAGUGUGGAGGCCAAGCCAGCUUCACCCAGGAGGGGCAGCAGGAUCCCAGCCAGCAAGCUGACACCGAAGAGGCACAGAGAGUCCCCCAAGAAAGCAGCUGAGGAUGCAGAGAGGGGUCCCUCAGAGCCGCCCCCACCCCAGGGCUCCUCCCAGCUGGGUCCCACGGGCUGGGACAGCCCCGGCCUCAACUCUCUCAGUGGCAGCUCAGCGCUGCAGAACUCACCGGUUCUCCCCAAGGGCUCUUAUCAGUUUGACCCCAAUAACUUUGACUCCAUGGAUCCGUUCAAGCCCACCAAGACGCUUGCCAGCACCGACGCUGACUCUUGCUCCACUGCAGACAACAGCCUCAAUGAAAUCCUCGAAUCUCAGACACUGGAGAUGCAGGACGAUGCCCUGAAAGGCAGAGACUCCCCCAAGAAGCCCAAGUCACGCCUGAUAACGACUACUGAGCAAGUGAAAUUUCUCUGUUUUCUGUUGAGCGGCUGCAAGGUGAAGCAGCACGAGGCGCAGCCCCUGGUCCUGGACAUCAGCGCUCAGGAUGAAGGGGUGCUGAUCUCAGAAAUCCCAGAUAUUACAAACCGGGAUGGACGUGCCACUGAUGAGGAGAAGUUGGCCUCCACCACCUCCACGCAGAAACCAGCGGGGCUGGAGAAGAAGGCCGAGGCAGAAGAUGACCUGGAGUACUUUGAGUGCUCCAACGUCCCCGUGUCCGCAGGGAAGCACAGACCAGAGGCAGGUUUUGAAAAGGAGAUCUGCAAGCAGAUGGAAAAGGGAGGGCCUGGCAUCUUCCCUGACAAUCCCGGGCUGUGCUCCAUGGACAAGUGCCCCAGCGUGAGCAGGAGCGAGAGUCCCCUGGCUGGCAUCUGCCUCAGCGAGUCCGAGAAGGCAGCCGUGCUCACGCUCAUCAGAGAGGAGAUAAUCACCAAGGAGAUCGAGGCCAACGAGUGGAAGAAGAAAUACGAGGAGAGCCGGCAGGAAGUGCUGGAGAUGAGGAAGAUCGUGGCUGAGUAUGAAAAGACCAUUGCCCAGAUGAUAGAGGAUGAGCAGAGGACAAACAUGACAUCUCAGAAGAACCUGCAGCAGCUCACAAUGGAAAAGGACCAGGCUCUGGCAGACCUGAACUCGGUGGAGAGGUCCCUGUCAGAUCUGUUCAGGAGAUAUGAAAACCUGAAGGGCGUCCUGGAAGGAUUUAAGAAGAAUGAAGAAGCUCUGAAGAAAUGUGCUCAAGAUUAUCUAACCCGUGUCAAGCAGGAAGAGCAGCGCUAUCAGGCCCUGAAAGUCCACGCAGAAGAAAAAUUGGACAAAGCCAACGAGGAGAUCGCCCAGGUGCGCGCCAAGGCCAAGGCGGAGAGCGCGGCGCUGCACGCGGGGCUGCGCAAGGAGCAGAUGAAGGUGGAGUCCCUGGAGAGAGCCCUGCAGCAGAAGAACCAGGAGAUUGAGGAGCUGACCAAGAUCUGCGACGAGCUGAUAGCGAAACUGGGAAAGUCAGACUGAGCCUCAGCCCCCCUCGCCCGGCACUCUGCACUUGGCUGCUUUUCUCGUGACGUUGAUCACCUUGCCUUACCCCGGAGUCCCCGCAGGAAAGCUCACGUGUCCAGCUGCCCCCCGGCUGCCGGACCUGUGGCUCCUGAGCAGAGCCGCUCCCCUCACUGUCCCUGUCUGCUUCCCACAGCUCCGGGGCUGGGAUCCCUGUGGUCAGCCUGGGAAUACUGUGGUCAGCCUGGGAUCCCUCCCCUGUGGUCAGCCUGGGAUCCCUGAGGUCAGCCUGGGAUCCCUGAGGUCAGCCUGGGAUCCCUGUGUUCAGCCUGAGAUCCCUGUGGUCAGCCUGGGAAUACUGUGGUCAGCCUGGGAUCCCUCCCCUGUGGUCAGCCUGGGAUCCCUCCCCUGUGGUCAGCCUGGGAUCCCUCCCCUGUGGCCAGCCUGGGAUCCCUGUGGCCAGCCUGGGAAUCCUGUGUGUCCCUCCCAGGGCCUGCUGCCCUGUCCCUCUGCACCAGUGCCACCUCUCGGGUGGGAGGUGACACACCUGGCUCUGUCCCCCUCGGUUGGGCUGGGUCUAGUUGUGUCCCCACUGCGCUCUCUGUCACUGAUUGUCCUCACGUGCUCAGCAGAAAGGCCUGGCCACGUGGUAGGUCCUGCCCUGGGACGUGGCUGGUGGCAGGGCUGGACCUGCUGGCUCUUGCGCUGGGGAAGGGCGCCUGGCACGGGGAUGGCUGGUUUCUGGUUGGUGGGUGAAGCACAGCCCAGCCUCUCCCUGUCCCUGGCUGUGCCAGCCUCAGAGGAAGGGAGCUGACAUCUCUGCAUUCGUGCACUUUAUGAGCAUUUAUGGGCACUUGGGCUCUCUGCUCGCUCCUUCCAGUCAGGCACGACACAAGGCGUGACCUGUUCCCCCCAGAGCACUGAACAGUCACAGAACCUGCAGUAACUUCAGUCCUCUCAAGGGAGGGUCUGGGUGAGGGGAGGCAGGAGGAUUCUGCACCCAGGGGUGUUUGAGAUGUUGGUUCUGGAGAGCUGGGACUGCCUGUCCAUCCUCCCCGUGGCCACCCUGCCUGUGGCCCUGGCCCCUGCAGGGGCUGGGUGACCUGGAGUUGGACACGUGCAAAGCCAGGGCCGUGUCUGUUGACUCCCUGUGCCAUGGUGAGACCAGGGCUCCAUUUCAGAGGCUGCAGGAGGAAGGAAGUGAACCCUGAGCUGCCUCGUGGGUGCUGCAGUAACUGCAGUGGUGGAGGGUUCUCUGCCUUGAAUGGAUAGGUGUGAAAUAAGGGAAAUACUUGCAGUUUGGACUGUUUCCUGCCCAGCCCAUUGAACACUUUCACAAACCUUUUUGCUGCUACCUUUUUGUAACAGAAUUGAGCUCUUUUCCUUCUAUUUUCUAAUUCCCUGUGUUGAGCAUGCAGAGCAAACACCUGUUUAAGCCAGAGCCAUACACUUGAUUAUAUUUUAUUAGUUAUAUAAUAUAUAGAGAGUUUAUUCUACACUUGGCAAAGGUGUCAGCAGCCUGCCCCAGCACACAGCUUCCCAGCCUGUUCUCCACGCCCCCAGUUAGCCCAGUGACAGACUGGUCACAGAAGCCAGUGGCUGACACCACGCAAAGCAGUGCACCUGUUGCUUGUGCUGGAUAUUCACCCUUUGCACAAUUGACAGAAAAGAGAAACCCUUUUCCCCCCUUUCUUUUUAACCCCCUUGGCCUCCCCACACGUCCCCUCCUGGGCUGGUGAAAAAGCUUCAAUCAUAUGAUCAACAAGGAGUAUUUCUGUUCCCCUUUGGGAGUCUGUGCAGGUAAAGCAAACCCCUGAGACCCCGAGAUUUCUGGGGCAGUUGGCUUUUUCUCUCGAGGAAGCAAGAGUGCAGCAUUGCGUGACCUCUCGGGGCUGGUUUCUGGCUGGGGCCCUGGGCACUGUCCUGCCCGCAGCAGCACCCAGGCUGCAGUGUGAGGCUGCUGGAGCCCGGGUGGGGACUGUGGCAGCCCUCAGCCUUCUGCUGUGCUCUGGGCCGUGGUGCUCGCGUGCUGUCCUGAGACGGGCUGAGGUCAGGCUCUCCUUGGGGCGUGGCUCUGGCCCUUGGAGCUGAUGGAUAAUUGAAAUUUAGAUUUCACCGCUUGCCCCUUCCCCAGAGGCCUGACCUGCAGGCAGCAGUCGCUGUCUGCAAAGCUGUUUGCUGUUUGCUGUCUGCAAAGCACGGCUGCACUGUGAUGACCCACGGGACACAGCCCUCCAUCCCUGUCCCUGCCCCCCGGUGCCCCCCGGUCCUGCCCUCACCCGUGCUCCUGUGCCCGUCCGCACGCACCCAGCCCGGGCAAAGAAGAUUCCUACGGAAUGAUUUCUCAACUAUAAUAUGGUUGUAGUUACAUAUCUAUAAAUACGUGCAUAAUGGGUAUAGUUCUAUAAAAUAGAAGGCGUGUUUGCCAGCGGGCAGCGUGGCUGCACCUCGAGGUGGUGGUGUCCCCGUGGCUGGCACAGGGAACGGCAGGUCCCUGUGCCUGGCGUCACAGCUGGGUGUGUUUGUCGUCUGUUCCUCGCAGUAGACUUUAAAUGCCCUUUUGGCAGCAGCGGGCCCUGGCCCUGCUGCUGUGUUGCUGUUUGCAGUGCGUGUUUGCCAGCAGAUCUGUCUGUAACCAAGUGCCAACCAGUAACCCCCAACUACUGAUCCCAUCCCCCCAGUGUGGCCUCCCCCAGGCAGGAACUUCCUCUGCAUUGGCUCCUACCCCUCUGCUUCCAGCCAUGUGUGUAACUGCCAUCGCCAUCGUUUUUAUAUGUACGAUAAUUUCCCUUUUAUAUGUCAGGUAAAUAUUUGUAAGAGUUAUACUCACACAAAUGAGAUUAUUAUAAUGAUUACUAAUAUAUUUUUUCCAUGUUUCAUUGCCUGAGUAAAAACUGUGUUUAUCACUCUGGAAA